AUUCAGUUUAAUAUGUCCACCUGGGAUUUGUGACUGUAAGAACUGACACUUUGGAAGCUGUGUGAGAACACUGGCGAUUACUAUGUCGGUGUCGAGUCACCACUUCCCACCAAUACGCAAUUUGCCGCAGUGGAACCGCGUCGGUUGUCUAGGGAAGUCUUCUCGACGGCCUCUCCUCCGGCCUCUGCCUGCUCCUCCUCCUCCAGCAGGGAGAGGAGCUGUGAGACGAGCGGAGGAGUCCUCCUCGUCCUCCUCACGCACUGGAGCGGAUCCGAGAGUGUCCUGCCUGGAGAGGAGCGUCCAGUUCCUGCAGGAGCAACACAAGGAUACUCUGGAGAAGCUCCACGCUGAAAUAGACCACCUCAGACGGGAGAAUAAAGAGUUGCAGUAUAAGAUGAUCAUGGAUUCUCCACAGUUAAGUAGAAAAGGUAAGAUGCAACUCCAACACAGUCAACAAGAUUUUGGACCUCCAACAAAGGGAAGCAAAGUCCUUAAUGGGACCUACCCUGAGGUACCACCACAGGACGUGCGGCGUAUACCGGACCAACCACUGAGGAAGGGUCGUGGUCAAGUGCUAAAGGCAGACCUUAUCACUUCAUUACAUCCUCUACGAAUUCACAGCAGCCUCUCUCAUCCACCUCGUGCUCCCACACUGCCAGAAUGUGAGGACAUCAUCCGCCAGCUCUCCGCUGCUCACAGUUCACAGUCUCAAGAAAUUCUACGUGUGAAGACGCUGCUGAAGGAAAUUGUUUUGAGCAGAAAAGUCACCCCAGAAAACUAUGUUCUGGCCAAGACCUACCUUGUUGAUGGUACCUGCAAAUCGGCCGAAGUCAAGAACAUCCAAAAAAUCGGACUUCAAAUGCUUCCAGAAAAAAAGUGUGGAGUAAUCCUCCCAGCCCUCACACAGAGCCUCAGUUCCACCAUUGCAGACAGACAGAGGAGGAUUCGUGCUAUACAGCGAAAGCAUUUUAAAAGAACAUUGACAUAACCAGGUGAAACUCAGCACAGCAUUACCAUCUACCUGUCUGACUUCAUGCAAGUUGAUUUAAAAAAAUUAAAGAAAAGUUUUGUGAAAUGUUGUGUGGAGAUAAUCCAUGGGUCUGGGGAGAGUGGAUAAAAUUUUGGUGAUCUGCCUCAA